AUGAGAAGAAUUUUAUCUUCUACCACAACAUCCUCAAGAAAUGUAAUAUUCUCCAGAGUUAAUUUCAAUAAUUCAACAACAAAUCAUCAUCAUCAGUAUCAUCACUGUGAACAUUUCCCAGCUUUAUCGGGAUUAACAACAUGUUGUUAUCAUACCAAUUUGACAAAUAAUAAUAAGAGACAAGAACAAAGAAUACUCGAUGAAAAAACAGCAAUUAUUGUAGAGUCUUUUAAAAAGUUGUGUAUUGAAAAUGAAAUUCCACUCCCUCUUGAUGAUAAAACUCUUCUCACUUCCAUUGUUCAAACAAGAGGUUUGUCAUCGGAAGGUUCUCGAUUGAAUUUUGUUGGAAGAAAUGUAACUGCAUUGUGUGUAGCUGAUUACUUGUUUGCUCACUUUCCUAAUCUCACUCAUGAUCAUCUUGUGAUGGCCACUUUAGAGUUUUUAAAGAAUAGAACCAUUGUUCAAGUGGCAAAGAGUUUAAAAUUGGAUGGUUUAUUGUCAUCCUCACUGACUUUGGUUGCUUCAUCAAAUAAUUUGAAUAAUAGAGAUGAUAGUGAUUUGGAUAAUCCUCCAAUUGAUUCAGAAGUUACAGGAAGUGGAUUGAAUAUUGAAAGAAAUAAUUUGGAUUCACUUUUAGUAUUUUCAAUUUAUAGAAUGGUUGGAGCACUCUUUGAACAACAUGGAUUGAUGGAAGCUAGAAAAUUCAUUGUGAGGAAUCUCAUUGCUCAGAGUAUUGAUAUUACAGCCAUGUUACAAUAUUUUGAUCCAAAAACUCAAUUAGCUCAGAUGGUACGAACUGGUGAAAUGCAUGAACAUGCUCAUAAAACAGUACAAUACAAGGAAGUUUCCAAAGACGAAAAGAGAUUUGUCACAGUUCAUGUCUAUGUUGAUAAUGAUGUCAUUGGAGAAGGAACUGGACAAACUAAAAAGAUUGCUGAACAAAAAGCAGCCCAAGAUGCACUCAAUAAGUGGUUCUCUCAUUAUUAUAGUGCUCCAACUCCACUUCAAAAAUUCAAUUAA